AAUGAAUGAAUCCAGUUACAUGUUCUCUUAUUUAAGGCAGGAAAUUCUUUUAAGUUCCAAUAAAAAGCUUUAUUUACACCCUAAUCAAUACAAAAUACAUUUUUUUAAAUGACUCACUGAGCAGAUAAAUAAAAAAUAUUAUUUUAAAGUUAAAGUCCCUGUGAAGUGCCUUAAACAUGCAGUGUCAUUCAAUGUGUUGAUCAUUUCCACUGAAACAGGAAGUCAGGGAAGGACACAUCGAAUGGCUCCUCCCCUUUUAAAAAUAAUCCACAAAGCAUUUAUCUUCCCUUCCAGUUAGUGGAUGCAAGCCUGAGCAAUAAAGUGAAUGAUUUUUCAAGCCAUUUUCUUCUCAUCCAACUCUCAUUUGGAAAACUGAAUAAACCUUGUGCGUUCGAACAGCCAAAGACGCACGCUUGCUGAUAUGAUUUCUCUCACUCAACAAUGCAAUGUGAUUUAUAAUGUUUGGGGUGGGAGAGCAUUUGCUUGGACAGAAAAUCUGAUGAGAAGCUGAAGUGCAGAAUGAUGUCAUCAGAAUUGUUGAUCCGUAUUAGUGGUAGAGACUGUAAAUUUUAAAUGCAUAAUAUCAUCUAAAUAUGAAUUUUUUCAUCAUUUUGGAGCGCAGUAGCUUAUAGAUUACCUUACGACUGACAUAUUCAUAUUGAGUUUUUUAUCAGUCAAAUAAAAAUGUAGAAUCUUGGCAGAUGACAUAAAUCAGUAUGAUGUUGGAGUUUUGCUGUUCAAUCAGAUUAUAAUUCAUUCAUAUUUAUGUACAAAAUAUUAAUUUACAUUUCUGUAAAACCUCUGUCUUUAUUUGAAAUAACUGUUUAUUUAGGACACUACCUUACGUCCUCUCUGAUAUAGAAACACUACAUAGUAUGACCUACUCAUAAGUAGAUCUAAACAAUUACAGGAAUGUAUAGUCUGAGGAAUCAUGGUUUAUUAGCAUGCUAGCAUUAUUUACACAUGAAAUUUCAGCAUCCUGUUAAAAUAGAGAAAAAUAUCUCAAUCACAUGAUUUAGAAUGAUUUCACUUAAGUGCGUUUAGAGAAAGAAACUGCCGAAGCCUAGAGGCUUUACACUGGUGUGUGUGUGUGUGGGUGGGUGGAGUUGUGUGCUGCAGUUUCACUAAAUAAUAAAUAACAUUUCAUGAUGUCAUUAUCGUCAUGGAGGAUGAGAACAUGGGGGGAGGGUUGGUAACACACUCAAACUGGUAGAAUGCUAAUAUGCUAACAAGCAGUGCUGCGUCAUAUUGGGGCAGGUUUCCCAGGACAGGAUCGAGGCUGGAGAGGAUAUGAGCAUAGGUUUUGUCCUGGGCCAUGGUGUUCUAGCAUGCUAACAGUGCUUUACAUUAAAUUGUUUGAGCAAGCUAAGCUAAUGCUACUGGACUUGCACAAAAUAGGACAACCAUUUUUUGCACAUGCUAUCUACUCAUGCUAUCUACUCAUGCUAUCUACUCAUGCUACUUGUUGUAACACGUGAAGAAGAAUGCUGAACAUCUUUUGGUAUUAAACUGCAGCAGUGCAUUGUAGGAAAUGGUGUCUGCAGCCAUUGCUCUGGCCUUCGUGCCGUUGCUGCUCACGCUGAUCAUCCGGUACCGGUUCUUCUUCGUGCUGUUCUACCGGGCCGUGCUUCUACGCUGGGUUCAGGACUUUAUGACAGGCAUCAGUAGGGAGGAGAGAGUGUAUGAGUAUGUCCUGACACACGCCACACCAGGAGAUCCUGACAGCAUCCUCAACACCUUCGAUCUCUGGUGCAGCAACAUCGAGUUCAUCAGCCAUAUAGGACCUAAAAAAGGUUUGAUUCUGGACCGUCUGCUGAAGGAGCUUUGUCCUCUGACGGUGUUGGAACUGGGGACUCACUGCGGCUACACCACAGUGAGAAUCGCACGCUCUCUGCCUCUUGGUGCUCGGCUCUACUCAGUGGAGAUGGAUGAGAGGAACGCGUGUGUGGCCGAGAAAAUCAUCCGACUGGCCGGGUUCGAUGAUGACACGGUGGAGCUGAUUGUGCGACCCUCUGAUGAGGUGAUUCCCCGUUUGCGUGAGGAUUUCGGUGUUGAUCAUCUGGACUUUGUGUUCAUGGACCACUGGAAGCGGUGUUACCUGCCGGACCUGCAGGCUCUGGAGGACAGCGGGCUGCUGGGUGAUGGCUCCAUGGUGUUGGCUGACAACGUGUUGUUUCCCGGUGCUCCCAGCUUCCUGCGCCACGUGCGUCACUCUGGCCUCUAUGAAUAUCGCGUGCACCGCGCCGCGCUCGAGUACAUCCGGGGAAUCCGUGACGGCAUGGCCGAACUCGUGUACCGCGGCAUCAAGUAAAGGAUGAGCAUCAAGCCUUAUUUAUUUUAAAAUAUAGACACUGAGCACUAGCUCUUAUAAACUACUGCUACAGGGAACAAAAUGUUCAUGGGAACACCCAGAAAAAUGAAAAAUAAAGAUUAAACUGCACAAAAUGUAACAUGCAAUUUAAAAAGCAUUGUUGUUUUGUGUACAAAAUGUUCAGAUUGUCAGUAAAAUUCACUUUUGAAGGAAAUAGCUCUCCAUCAUACAGUAAGAUCCAACAGCAGACUUGUCCUUGUCACAAAAAUACUGAUUUAAAGUAAGCUGAAUUUUAUGAAGCAAAGUUAUGUAAUGAAUGUAAAAUCUCUUUUUAAUUUAUUAUUUAACUUUCAUCUCAUAUUAAU